UCCCCUCGUCUACAUUAAAACACACAACACUUCACACGCCAAUCAUUCUUUAUAUUAUUCUCCGCUCGAUAAGUUUAUGUAAGGGAAUAGCUCGACCUAUACCGAAUAAAAGACACUGCAGCGUCACACCCGGGCCCACAUACAUUUCUGGAACAAGAAUCAAGUAUCAAACUAGUAAAUCACACACACACACCUGUGUAAAUCAAAGCCAGUAGGAAUAUUCUUCAUGAUAUAAACUAUAUAAUAUGGCAAUGACUGAACAACAGCAGCAGCAGCUUAAUGUCAGUCCUACUCACACCUCAAGCAAUGAAGAGCCUAAAGUAUCCUCAAUGACAGCAGAGGAACUCCGUAAAGAAUGCAACUCACUUCGUAAACAAAAUGCUCUCUUGAACUGUCGACUUCUGGGCGUGAAUGAGUUAGCUCGUCUUUUACAAGAAAAAACUGAGGCAGCUGACUCUUUACAAGACAAGAACAAGAGACUGGAGCUUGCAGUUGUUCGUUUGGAGAACCGAUCCUCUAAUCUCGAGAAGAAACUCAAGACGUCUCAGUUCAGUAGUCUGCCCUCUUCAUCGGGGAACCCUCCUCUUCGGACCCACUCCCAACAAUCACAGCAAAGCCCUUUCAUUCCAGGGCCUUCUAAACAAAUACUGGAAACGCUCAUGAAAGAGAAUACGGAUCUGAAGAAGACGCUGGAUAAUAUGACAAAGAAAGGACCCACUAGUUACAGAGAAGCAGUGAAAGUGAAUCAGUUGGAGGAGGUCAUAGAUCAAAAGAAUGAGAAGAUAGAGCUCCUUAGAGGCCAGCUGGACUCCAUCACAGCAUCACAAGAAGGAGGAGAUGUAGGAGCCCUGAGACGCCAGCUCUUAAAAAUGGAGCAGUCCAUGCAGGUCAAGGAUAGGUUUUGCAGUCUUUUGAGUGAUUCCGUUAAUCAGCUCCAAAAAGACUUACAAGAUUCCAAGAAAGGAUCUGACGAGACUGACUUUGGAGUCGGACAAAAUCGGGCUGACUCUGGGAUCUCAUCACUGAGCAAGGAACACGAAGUGAAGGAAAGGAACCUUCGCAAGAUGAUAGACGAGCUCCAGGGGCAGGUGGAGAGAGAGAGAAAUGAGAAGAGGGAGGCGUUGACUCAAGCUGAUGAGAGCUGUCAGAAAUUGAUUGAGAAGCAAGCAGAGCUAGAGGGACUUCAGAGUAGACUUGAUGACAGUAGUCUGUACACUCAGACUCUAUUGCAGGAUAAGAUGGCUCUCAAGGACCAGCUGGAUAAUGCUAGACGUAACAGCGGUAGCUCGUCAGAAAUUAAAGAUGUAUCGUACUACAUGACCCAAAUGGAGAAUAAAGAUGCACAAAUAGAUAGGCUUAAGCAAAUGCUUGAAGAGGCUCAGUACAAAUAUGCACUGGCAGAGAGCAAGCGUGACAACCUUCAAGUCGGAGACCUUGAAGAGAAACUCAAAGAUUUGGAAGAGGAGAAGUUAGGCCUAGAGAGUGAGAUAGCAGACCACAAGAGAACAAUACAAGAGCUUCAUAUCCAGAACAAGAAGCUUAGAUCUGGAUCCUCCUAUGUUCCUUCUUCAAUAAGGACUGGUGGAGUGGGUACAACACUGAGGUCCUAUCAUGGUGAUGAAGUCUUUGCCGAUGGAUCUAAGCCUUUUCACGAUAUUACUGCAAGACCGGAGGUCCCUCCGAUUAACUACACCUCUCGUAACGUCGACACCGAUAGCACAACGACUGAAUCCACUACAACUUCUGUGGCCACACCCACUUACACCUCGUCAGAUUCUGACACACCUACUAGGCCCCUCCCACUGUCCAGCUCCUCCUCUCGCAUGGCGUACAGAACCUCAAUCCCUGGUACCCCAGGGAUACCAUACAAUACUCCCCCGGGGUACAUGAUGGGUCAUCAUACCCUGCCCGGGAAUUACACUGACAUGCAGCGUCACGGCUACCAGCCCGUGGACUCUCACUCUGCUUAUCAGACUCACUCCAUGGUCAGCGGCGGAAUGCCUCAGGUGGGAGGGACCGGGUAUCGUAUGCCCCGCUCUCUCUCGUCAAGCCCUGGUCCUUACGUGAGCUCGCUCCCUUUCACUGCUUCAUCAAGCUCUCAUCCUCCGCAGGGUAUUACAACUCAGGCUUCCAUAUUUGGUCAGCCACACCCCUCCCCUUAUUCAACAAUGGGAUAUACGACCACACCCACUGCUGGUUAUACCUCUCAGUAUCCUGGGGCCCCAGGCCAGCGCUAUGAUACCUCCCAAUAUUAUGGGGCUGGGAGCAAUUUUUUUAUCACUGGGACUGGUUAUCAUGGUUUGCCUCCGUCUUCCUCUCAGAGCUCAAACGUUGGUAAUCCUUCGGGUCAGGGUGGACAGGGGGGUCAGGGGGGAGGGACCCAACCCACUGGACAGGGUCACAUGAGACGUCACUCUCCUCCUGAUCCUCGCUAUGGCAACCCACCACAAUGAAUAACAUUAAAAGUGCACUAUUAUUAUACAUUGCAUGCAGUGGCUUAGAGUAAGGAACUAUACUUUUCUUUAAUAAAAUAUUGUUUUUGUUGUUAUUUUUGUUGUCUCUUAAACGUUAAUUUUCCUGCUGAUAUUUUGAUCUUUAA